CUUGUUGUAAAACACAGCAACACCGGGCGUCUGCGUAAAAGAGGGCACACUCAACUCUGCGCAAUUACGCGGACUCCUAUCUGGCACAGGGAGCGAAGUGAGGCGCGUUCUCUCCGCUACUGAGCAGGAAGCAAAUGGACUUUUAAUCACGCCAUCCGGAUAAUUUCUGAGCGCUUCAAUGCAGUUUACGGCGCAGCAGCUGUGAUUGUGCUGACUCUUUUGCGUGUGCUCUGAGCACAGCCUUGGUUUAUAAAUAGACCAUUUUUUUCUAUUUAAAUUACUUUCCUUCUCUAAAAUUGGCUCCCGUACAAACAGCCGCGUUGGAUCCCUCGGCUUACUGCGAGACUCCGGUGUACAACCCGGAUCUCUGCCCUAAUAUGAUAGCCGCGCAGGCAAAGUUGGUUUAUCACCUCAACAAAUACUACAACGAGAAAUGUCAGUCUCGGAAGGCGGCCAUCUCCAAAACCAUCCGAGAGGUGUGCAAGGUGGUGUCGGAUGUCCUGAAGGAGGUGGAGGUGCAGGAACCGCGCUUCAUCAGCUCUCUCAGCGAAAUGGAUAACCGCUUCGAGGGACUGGAGGUGAUUUCCCCUACGGAGUUUGAGGUCGUGCUCUAUCUGAAUCAGAUGGGGGUGUUCAACUUCGUGGAUGACGGCUCUCUCCCGGGCUGCGCCGUCCUCAAGCUCAGCGACGGCCGCAAGAGGAGCAUGUCGCUCUGGGUAGAGUUCAUCACAGCCUCCGGGUACCUCUCUGCGCGCAAGAUCCGCUCGAGGUUCCAGACGCUGGUGGCGCAGGCUGUAGAUAAAUGCAGCUACAGAGAUGUCGUCAAGAUGGUCGCUGACACGAGUGAGGUGAAGCUGCGCAUCAGAGACAGAUACGUGGUGCAGAUCACCCCGGCGUUCAAGUGCACCGGCAUCUGGCCGCGGAGCGCAGCGCACUGGCCUCUGCCUCACAUCCCCUGGCCCGGACCGAACCGGGUGGCUGAAGUCAAAGCGGAAGGUUUCAAUCUUUUAUCCAAAGAGUGCUACUCCCUAAACGGGAAGCAGAGCUCGGCAGAGAGCGACGCUUGGGUGCUGCAGUUCGCCGAGGCCGAGAACCGGCUCCUGUUGGGCGGAUGCAGGAAGAAGUGUUUGUCUGUGCUGAAAGCGCUACGGGACCGGCACCUGGAGCUUCCCGGACAGCCUCUGAACAACUACCACAUGAAGACUUUAGUUUCCUACGAGUGUGAGAAACAUCCCAGGGAGUCGGACUGGGACGAAAACUGCCUCGGCGACCGCCUGAACGGGAUUCUAUUGCAGCUAAUCUCGUGUUUGCAGUGCAGGAGGUGCCCGCAUUAUUUCCUGCCUAAUUUAGACCUGUUUCAAGGAAAGCCGCAUUCCGCUCUGGAGAACGCAGCCAAACAGACUUGGCGACUGGCAAGAGAAAUACUGACCAACCCCAAAAGCUUGGAGAAACUCUGAGGUAACAUUUAUUAAAAACGAAACCAAUGAAAAUGCUAGUUUUAAAAUCCCUAAACGGACAAAGAAAAACACCCAAGUGUGACUGUCCUCUGUUGUUCAACAUGUUUUGGCCUAGCCUGUUUAUAAAUAUUUUUUUAUUUACAACUAUCCUUUGUGCACCUUUUGAGGGUGUUAACAGGAAAUUAGAUAAAUCAUCUUUAAAUUAUUAUAUGAAGUUAUCAAUCUGGGAGGCACUGCAGCAGCCUUACAUGCAAUUAUUUUCUUCAACGCUUUAAAAUUAAACCCAAUAACAAAAUCUGGAUUUCAAAAUUAAACACACAUCUGUACAUUUUACUCUGUAAAUACACUCAUAGAUUGUGAUUCAAGUGGUCUGAAAUUGUGAAUGUUGUUCUGUGGCAAGUAAAUAGGAUCCACUUGUUUAAAUCUACUUCUGAAAGUUUUUCUUUUUUCUUUUUUUUCUGGUAGAAACGUUUAUUUAUAUUUGCAUCAGUGGUAGUCUGACUCACCUGUUCCAAUGAACAUUUUAUACUUUUUUCUUAAAGUUUACAUUUUGAAUCUAGGCGUUCGAUAUUUGUUGCAUCGAAAACAUUCCAUCAGUUUACUUGAAUUAUUAUUUAAAUUACUCAAAUUAUGAGGUUUUUGUCGUCUUUCUAUAUGAAUAAAAAAGAAAAUGAUAGCAUAUAUAUAGUAUUAUAUAUUACAAUUUAUUUGGAAAUAAUGCACUUGAAAUACACUGGAUUAUAACAUCUGUGAUUUGAUUUAUUAUUAUUAUUUCUGUAUUUGGUUUAAUUUAAAGAGUUAAUAAAACCAGCUGUUUUAUA